AUGUUUAGUAUAUCACAAGAAGAUGAACAGAUAUAUGAACAUUCAACUAAUGAUGCUGACUAUUAUGUGGGUCUGAAGUAUAAAGGUGAUUUCAAAAAUGGGGCUAGAAUGUUUUUAGAGUCUAUUGGUGUUGAUUUAAGGGAAUUUAGAAUCUUUACUCCAGCAAAGACCCUUUUUUAUGGAGACUUUGAGCCAACCCCUACAGAGAUAAGUUUGAUUGAUGAUAAAUUUAUUGAGAAUUCAUCUGUUACUGAUACAACAUUAACUAUUAUUAUUCUUGAAACUGUUGGAUUAUUUACGACGUUGGUAAGUUAUGUUAAACAUAAUUAUUUGUUACACAAUUUUGGUAUUAUUGCAGUUGGAGGUUACCAUGAUGCUUAUUUUUCAAGAUAUAUCGAACAGUUACAAAUGAAAAACAACAACAUAAUAAAUAUGAGUGUCUGUGAUGCCAAUAUUGGUGGUUUUUUGAUAUCCAGAAAUAUUGACUUCUUUGUCAAAAAUGCUAUUUUUGGAGGAGCAUUUUUAGAAGAUGUUGAGCAGUCAAAUUGGAAAAGGCUCAAGUUUAAUCACUCAAUUCCAAAUAUCAUCAACGCUUUGUCCACUAGGAUUGACAAUCAAAGCUUAAUCAACGAUAUGAUUAUAAUGCUUUUAAGAUAUUCAGAUGCAGAUGCUAAUCAUAUGGAAUUUAGAAAUGAGAUUAUUAUAAAAAGGCUAGAGUAUAUUUCCAAUUUCUCAACUAGGGAUAGGUUCGUUAGUGCGUUACCUGGAAAUGUGAAUGAGAUUCCAAAGAUUGCAAAAGGUAGGAUUGUACAUUCAGACACAUAA